AUGUCAUUCCCAGGCAUGGGCCCGCCUGGCGCUGAUCGUCCCGGCGCAAGCCUCGAGGAGCAGCAACAACAGCAAAUGAUCAAGCUGAUGCAAACCACGAUGGAAUCGUGCCCCGCGAAAACAGUCAUGUCCGGCGGCAUGGGCUUCGCCCUCGGCGGUGUCUUUGGCCUCUUCAUGGCCUCCAUGCGCUACGAUACACCCCUCGGCCAAGGCCUCCCCGGCGGCGUUGGCGCUUCCUCAGCCAACAUGACCAAAAUUCCGAUGCGCGAGCAGCUCAGGAUGGGCUUUAAAGAUAUGGGACGUUCGUCGUAUUCAUCUGCGAAGAACUUUGGCUACAUUGGAGCCAUUUUUGCUGGGAGUGAGUGUGUUAUUGAAGGCUUCAGGGCGAAGAACGAUCUCGCGAAUGGCGUCGCAGCGGGAUGCUUUACGGGUGCUUUUCUGGCGAAGAGCGCAGGACCACAGGCUAUGGCGUUUGGAUGUGCGGGGUUUGCAGCAUUUUCGGCCGCGAUUGAUGCGUAUAUGAAGAUGCCGAGCGAGGAUCGGGCGGCAGAUCCUAUCAUUUGA